AUGCUACAACUUCGAAGCAAAAAAAGAUGGUUUUUCGAUUCGAUCAGGUAAUUAGUUUUUUUUCCUCUUUUUCUCAUCAAAAACCAAAUAAUUCAAUUUCCUUUGGGAUUAUCAGAGAAAGGCGUCUUUCUUUAAUUCUAGCGAUUACUGUAGACAACUCUUUUUUCUUUGUUUCAAAUGUUUUCUGCACUUUUUUUUAGUUAUCAGAAAAGAAGCAAUUCUUUGUUGAUAAUUUAUUAGUUGUGUUCAUUUUGAAGUGUUUUAUUUGUUUGCCAACAAAGGUUUUCGAGCACAAUUAUUGUAAUGUUCAGAAGGGAGCUUUUUAGGGCAAAAAAUAAUGCGAUUUAAAGUAACAUAGUAAGUUUUGAAGUGGUGUUGUCGAAAAUCACUGUAACUUUGAAAUAGAAUCUAAAUUUUUCAAAAAAGUCUUCCGUAUUCCCUUCUGACGAUAAACUACAGUCUUUCGAACUCUUUCCGUCAAAGAUCAUCAAAUUUCAUUUCGAAAAAAUCUUUUCCCGCGUGAUUAUUAAACACAAAAAGUGUCAACCGAGGCGAAUUUUGACAGCUCCGCGAUCAGUUUCGAUAUGAUAUUUGUAAAGUGAAGAAGCAGACACAAAACUUUGUGGUUUUCUUCAUGAAAACCUUUUUUUUGAGUGCUUUGUCAAUAUGCGAGAACAUACAUAAAUAAAAGCAAUAAUUCGGUUUUUUUUGUUGAAAGAUGAGAUGAGAUGAAAAUGAAAUGUGAAAUUUGUGGUCUGGUUUUUUUCAAAAGAAAUAAUAAGAAUGUGUUCCGAUUAGAUAUGGUACAAUAAGUAGCAAAAGAUGAUAGAAUUGAAAAGAAAUGACGUGAUUUUUCAAUGAGAACAUGGUUUUUCAAAAACAAAGUACAACAGAAAUCAUUCUUGUUUUCUUCUUUUUUUUUUGAAAAUGAAAAACUUAGAAUAGACGUGAAAUAGGCCACGUAUUACUUUUUAUUAAUAAAAAAUAUAUUCGGAUACUGUGCUUUCAUUUGUGUGAUCUUUUGCGUCACGGUGUUCCCAGAAAAGAAAAAUCUUUUUUUGAAGAUACAUUUGACGUUCCACCCUCUUCUAGGAAGUUUUGUCGAAAGUUCUAUAUACCAUUCGAUUUGUCUCGGCGAGAUGAACCAGGAAAUCUACAUAGAUUUUUCAUGAAUUAUACUUUCAGAGAAGAUAGGUGAAGAAAACACAAAGGCGCAUACAAAUUUUGAAUGGUGUGGUCUCGCAACGCACACCGUUUUUUACUUUUAUUUUCGUUUCGUCUCGGCCAAAUUUUUUUCAUUUUUAUACUCAGAGAUUCGCUGGCCAGCUGGCCACUAGGUGGGACCGACUGUCCAUCUGAAAUUGACACGGACAACCACAUCGCCCGUAUUUUUUGCCAGACGACCUGGUCGCGAGGUGGUUCAGUUCAUGCAGACCACCUCGCCUAGGUUGUCCAGCUCGACCCGACCUCGCGUCCAGAUCGUCUCGAUUAAGAGAAAAAAGUCCAAAAAACUUGUGAAUCAGAGCAUUCUAGAAGAAAUUGGCUCAUUUUCUGUUUUUUCGGAGUACUUGAAACCUUAGGAAGUGAAAAAAACAGUAAAAAAUGCACUAUUUUGAGUACAAACCACCGUCUUGCUAGCUUUCCAGGAUUUCAAACACACAGGCCACGUGGCCGGAAAACUCAAGGCGACCUGGUGGCCGAAUCAAAUUCAGCUCGUUUUGAACUUUCCGGCCACCUGGUCCUGAUCUAGUGGCGAGCUGGCCAGCGAAUCUCUGAGAUAUUCAUACGAAAAGACGUCUGUUUCUCAACUUUUGAAAAAACUUAUCAUAACUUUCGAUCUCUAAAAAAUUAAUUUCUCUUCCUUUUCAUCUUUUUUUGAUCAUAAACACUACAAAUGAUGCAAACAUCAUUCUGAUUUUGAACUUCAAAUAAUUUCUCAUGUCCUUAGUCAGGCUAGGAAAAACAAAAUAGUGUGGCAUUUUUAUGGCGCCAAAUUGAAUUAGUGACCCAUCACACAUUAUUGAUCGAGCAAGGUCUUUUCUUUUCAGAUUUUUUGUGUCAAAAAUAAAAAGUUCAACUUUUCUCAGCCUAGCUACCUUUCAAAAUUGAAAAACAAUUGUUAUGUUUGAUAACGAGCCACUUCGUUUUUUCUUUUCAAAAAAAAACAAAUCGGUUGCGAUCUUUGGGCCAAUCGGGGGACAGCUGUGGAACCAAUUUUUUAUUGUCUUCUGCUUUUUUUGUGUUUCUUUUUGGUUUUUUCCACAAAUCGAAACCAUCUGGGAGUUCAGAUAAAUCUGUUUUUUUUUUUGAUAGCCGACGGCAGGAAAUAUAUAAGAUAAAUAAUGUAUUUUUUGAGAAAUCUUUCGUUUUUUCUCUGUAAAAAAUCAGAAGAUAUUUAUUUACCUUUGCUUUUCAUGAAAUUUCACAACUUUUUCACUGCCAUCCGACCCUUCUUUUUUCCGCCGUUCCCAACAGCUGUUCGACUUUUCAACCUCACAACAACGCGUAAUAAAUAUAUUUGAAAAAGAAAAGAGAAUUCAUGCAAGAGAAUUUUACCUUUCCUCCUACUUACCUCCUCUUGUGUCCUCUGAAUUUUUGAUGAACUUUGCCACUUUUUUUGGUUUGAGAUUUCUAGAAGUUCAAAAAUUUCUCUUCGAACAAUGGUUUCUAGUUAUUAUAUGUUAUGAAUCGUUUAUUGGUGUAUAAUCUAUGCUCCCCAUUUCAAUAAUAUCAUCAUUUUUCUCCUACAAAUUAUGCAAAUGUUGAACUUGGCCACCCUCUCUAACUAUACAUAUAAAACCAGCAAUUUUCCAAUAUUUUAAACCAAAGACAAUACUCGUUAUAUUUUUCUUCUUCUCCUCGUUUUUUAUGUGCAAAAACGGAAAUUCAAUUUUUGCUCGCCUUUUCUUGUGUUGAAGAAAAAAGAAACACCAAGCAAGCAAACCAAAUCCUUUACCGUUUUGCAUAUUUUUCGCUGCUUCCAAAGAUCACUGAAAUAUUUAUGCCAUCUAACACAGCUUUUUCGAAUAGAUAAACCAACGUUUUUCUUUGCAGGAUGAUCAAACGAAAACUUCAAGAUUUGGCAGUUUGCUGCUCGUAUCAAGUUGAUUUUUUGCAUGAGAAAAGUGAGUUUGAACUUUUUGUGUGACAAUCAGAAAUUUCAAUUUUUGUAGAACACUCAGUGAAAGAAUUCAAGCGAAAAUAUGAAGUGCUCGAUGAAAUUGGAAGAGGUGGAUUUGGUAUUGUUUAUGAGGCGACAAGAAAAUCAGAUGGAAAAGCGGUGGCUGUGAAAUUUGUGCAACAUAAACAUGUUCGAUCGUGGACAAUGACUUGUAGACAAUUGAUUCCGUCGGAAGUUUGUCAUUUGGAAACAUGCAGUGAUAUUCCAGGAGUUAUCAGAAUUAUUGAUUGGUUCGCAAAGUGAGUCUAACCAAAAAAGUUUUAGAAAAAAUUUGAAAAUUCAUAUUUUUAGCUCGAAAGGAUUCUUGAUUGUGAUGGAAAGACCAGAGAAUUGCAUGGACUUAUUUGAUAUGGUUUCAGUUCACGGUCCUCUCAGUGAACCAAUGGCUAAAUAUAUUUUCAAACAAGUUAUUGACACUGUUUAUGAUAUGUAUGCCAAACAUGGAUUAUUACAUCGAGACAUCAAAGAUGAAAAUUUGAUUGUGAAUAUGACAACAGGAGAAGUGAAAUUGGUGGAUUUUGGUGCAACCGCCUAUGCGGAAAAGGCGACCAAAAAAGAGUUUCAAGGAACGAAAUCAUAUUGUCCACCUGAAUGGUUUAGAGAUCAAUUAUAUCUUCCACUCGAGGCAACUUCUUGGUCGCUUGGUGUUCUUUUAUUCAUUCUACUCACUGGAAAACUUCCAUUCAAAAAUGAAAUUCAAAUUUGUUUGGGAAGUGUAAAAUUCCCGAAAGAUUUAUCAAAAGAAGUUUGUCAAUUGAUCAAGUCUUGCUUGACAACUUCAACAUCAACAAGAGCUUCAUUGGCGCAAAUCAAGGCACAUAAUUGGUUAAGAUGUGAUGUGGAAUUUUAUACAAAUCCAACUUUCGAAGAAACUUUGGGUGCUUUCAAUGUUGAAACAUUAGUGGAUCCGAAAGAAAAUGAGGAAGAUAAAGAUUUGAAUGAUAUUAUUCUUACUCGUCAAAGAGAAAUUCGAGUUGACGAUGAUAUGGAAAGUAUUUGCACAAUGAUAACUGCAGUUGAAGAUCGAUACGAGCCAUCAACAACAAUUAUUGAAGAGCAAAAAGAUCAAGAAGAAAAAAUUAUAGAACAACCUGUUACUUUUGAAGAGGCUGCUGUUUUCACAGAUGACACGACGAAUUUGAUUCGUAGUGAUUCUCGCUACGAUAAUAUAUCUUCGUCCUCUUUCUGUGAUUAUAUAUCGCUUGCUUCAUCUUCUAUUGAUGAUUUUACAUCAACUUCCGAUAUAUAUCAAUCUGCUUGUGAUGUUUUUCCAAAUUCUACUAGAACUAUUGGAGCAAUCAAAAGUGCAUCUGCAUAUAAUUUGGCAAAAAUGCGGAAGAAAUCAUCAAUUUUCAAAUCAUUUGAUACGGAACUUGAUCCAGUUAAUGAAAAUGAUCCAAUGAUUCAAUCAACAUAUAGUAAUGAUGAUGUAACAAUUAGUGAAGAUACAAAUACAACUUCAAAUUCUACGAAUUUAUGUGAAAAUCGAGUUCGCGAUCAAGUUUUGCGAAUGUCUCGACAUCGACCAUUGCAAUUUGCUAGUGAUAGUAAACCACCAACUUUGGCCAUUUUUCAAGUUGCACCAUCUACUGUUAAUUAA